AUGCCAAAAGGACGAAAAUCUCGAGUGGAUAUGCAAUCCACUCCCUCAUCCACACCAUCUGUGGAAUCAAAUGUUCCACAAAAUAAUCCAUCAACAAAUCAAAUUACAGCUUCUUCACGCUCACAGAGCGAAUUUCCUACACCAGCAGAAGCAAUGGCUGAUCUUUCAUUACAAUCGACUGAACAUAAAGCAGAAAAAAUUGGUCGUUCUCAAACCGAACAUCCAACAAAGCGACGAUAUGGUGUGUACUCUGUUGUACCUGAUUCGGCUGUAUUGAUGCCUAUUCGUCGUCCUGAUGCUCAUGGCACUGCUGGCAAAGCUAUAGAAGUCUAUACAAAUCAUUUUCCAGUGUCUAUUGACACUGCGAUCAUCAAUCAAUACGAUAUCGAAGUAGUAAUGAUUCGUGAUGGACGACGACCAUGUCCAGCAAAGAAAAAUGAACGCUGGGAAGUACUUCAAGUACUUAGUAAAAAAGAAAAGGAUUUUCCUAUUGUUUGGUAUGAUGAAGGAAAAAAUUUAUAUACCAGAGAGCUGUUGACUGAUUUUACACAACCUCGUCGAGUUAAAUUAACAAUUAAUAACGAAGAGAAAACCUUUGAGUUUAAAGUACUUAAUCUUGUUCGACAAGAAAAAAUCGGAAAUAUUUUCGAUUUUAUCAAUGGAAAAACCACAAUACGACCACGUGAUCCUAUACGAAUUAUAGAAACUUUGUUUAAACAACGUGUUCAUGAUCAAUAUAUUUGUAUAAGAAAUAAAUACUAUGAUCGACGUCAACAACUGCUUGAUCUUGGUGAUGGACGUGGAUUAGCUAGUGGCUUUCAUCAAGCACUUUGUUUGACUCGUGGUGGUCCUACAAUUAAUGUCAAUUUGGCAUUUACAUGUUUCUAUCAACCAAUAAAUUUUGUUGAUUUUGCUUGUCGAUAUCUACGUCAAGACAUUAGACAGGGAGUAAAUGAAGCUGAAUUAGACGGAAUGAAGAAGCUCUUUAAAAAUAUACCAAUAAAAACCAUCCAUGCUGGACGUCCGAUCCAAUAUCGAUUGAAAAACUUUGGCCUACCGGCAAAUCAACUCAAAUUUGAGCAGAGAUGUAAAGAUGACUCGGCAAGUGCAUCGCUAACAAAACAAAUCACAGUGGCAGAAUACUUUGCGGAAAAAUACAAGAAAUUGAAAUAUCCAAAUUUACCUUGUAUCGAUGCUCGAAGUGGCGAAGAACAACGAGCUCAUUGGUUACCCAUGGAAACCGUUCAGAUUGUAGAAUGGGAACGUGCUAUGAGACCAUUAGACAGCGUACAGCAACGUUUAGUAGCACAAAAAGCCAUUGUUAAACCUGAACAACGCUACAAUGAAAUCAUGGAUAUUAUAAAUAAACGCAAUUUUAAUGGAGAUUCUUAUUUAAAAGCACUUAAUAUUCAAGUUAAAACUGAAGAUAUGUUGAAAAUACAAGCUCGUAUUUUACCUCCACCCCAAAUAAAAUAUCGAGCACAAAAUAAUCAAGAAGUUGUUGAGCAUGUUGCAUUUGGGAAAUGGAAAAUUCGAAAUCAAUUUCGUUCAACAUCGGUGAUCAAUAAAUGGGGUAUGAUUUAUUUUGGCUCGAAACCUGACAACAAUAUAAUCGAAAUUCUAAAAAAUUUCGAGAAACAAUUACCAUCGUUACUAAUGAGAUACGGUAUUAGAAUCAAUUCAAAUCCGUUGCCCAUAGCUAAGCCAAGUCGCAAAGAUGACAUUGACCAAACAUUCACACAAGUUAAGAGUCAAGAUUGGCAAUUGGCGAUUGUUAUCUUAAAUGACACGGUACCGGAAGUUUAUAAUUAUGUUAAAAAAUUAGGAAAUCAAAAAAUUGGUUUAAUAACUCAAUGUGCUAGUUUUCAAGCUAUACAAAGAAAUUCCGAAAAACUUCAUAUGUAUGUAGAAAAUUUAAGUCAAAAAUUGAAUGCUAAGAUCGGUGGCAUCAAUGGUAUCGUUAAUCUAAAAGCUGCUCUUAAUCAAGCAUCGAAUAAUGAUCGUUUCAUGUUUUUCGGUGUUGAUGUAACUCACACAACUUCAUCGAAAGAAAGACCAUCGAUUGCUGCCAUUGUUGGAUCAUGUGAUCCAACAUGUAGCCGUUAUGCAGUUCGUCUUUGUGAACAAUAUCCAAAGAAAGAGCGUUGUUCAAUUGAAAUUAUUAAAGAGAUGGAUAAGAUGGUCAUCGAUUUACUUCGUAUUUAUGCUCGUUCAUGUGGUAACACACUACCAAAUCGAAUCGUCUUUUAUCGCGAUGGUGUCGAUGACGGACAGUUUCAAAAAGUAUUAGAUAAUGAAGUUAAAAAAAUCAAAGAUGCUUGUCGAGUUGUAUAUGGACAGAACCCACUGCCUCGAUUAACCUUUAUUAUUGUUAAGAAACGACAUAAUACACGUUUCUUUACUUACGAUGGUCAACGAACAGACAAUGUUGAAGCGGGUACUGUUAUUGAUGUUGAUAUAACACACCCAUCUGAAUUUGAUUUUUACUUAUGUUCACAAGCUGCUAUAAUGGGAACAUCACGUCCAGCACUGUAUCAUGUACUUCAUGAUGAAAAUGAAUUUAGUAGUAACGAUAUUCAACAAUUAACAUACUGGCUCUGUCAUACUGAUGCUCGAUGUUCGAAGUCAGUUUCCAUUCCCGCUCCAGUACAUUAUGCUCAUUUAGCUGCAUAUGCUUCCCAUGUAUACGAAUUCGACCAUGAUGGUGAUGAAAUCCUGGAAAAUGAGGACAAUCAAAAUGUACCGGAACCCAUCUCACUUGAAGAUAUACGAACAAACGUGAUGAUACUGAAUAACAAUAUACAGGAUACGAUGUGGUUCGUUUAA